CUGCUUAAUAGUACUGUUACUGCACCUUUCAAUUCCACAAUCAACCACUCAGAGGUCCCCCAACAAAACCAUUAAAUAAGCCCAAUCACUAUGAGCUGCCAUUUCCACCCAGACCCAGCACAGCUUCUUCACUCUCCACAGGCACUUCUAUUCUAUUAAAACCCUCCCUCAUACUCUGCUCCCAACUGUGACCAUUCCCAAAAAUCCCAAUGGCUAUCCUUCCCUUCCUCUUCCUCUUCCUCUUCCUCCUCCUACUUCACACCCCUCCAUCGGCCUUCGCUUCCAAUUACUUAAUCGGCCUCGGAAGCUACGACAUUACCGGCCCUGCCGCCGACGUCAACAUGAUGGGUUACGCCAACGCCCAACAGACUGCCUCCGGGGUCCACUUCCGCCUCCGCGCCCGUGCUUUCAUCGUCGCCGAACCCAAGGGCAACCGUCUCGUCUAUGUAAAUCUCGACGCUUGUAUGGCUUCCCAGAUCGUCACCAUCAAACUCAUUGAGCGCCUCAAAGCCAGGUACGGUGAUCUUUACACGGAGCAGAACGUGGCCAUCAGCGGGAUCCACACCCACGCUGGACCAGGAGGCUAUCUCCAAUACGUUGUCUACAUCGUUACCUCCUUUGGGUUUGUUCGUGAAUCCUUUGACGCCCUCGUUGAUGGGAUUGAACAGAGCAUCGUUCUAGCUCACCAGAACCUCCGACCGGGGUCAAUCUCAGUUAAUUCAGGGGAGCUGUUGGAUGCUGGAGUGAAUCGCAGCCCGAGUGGUUACCUCAACAACCCUGCAUCUGAGAGGGCCAAGUACAAGUACAAUGUCGACAAAGAGAUGACAUUGAUCAAGUUUGUAGACGAUGAGUUCGGCCCAAUUGGUAGCUUCAACUGGUUUGCCACUCAUGGAACUUCGAUGAGCAGGACCAAUUCGCUGAUUAGCGGCGACAAUAAGGGCGCCGCUGCUCGAUUCAUGGAGGACUGGUUCGACAACCGCGGAUUGUCUUCAAAUACUCAAUUCGCCAGUAGUAACUCUGCGACUAUUGACCGGAUUCCUCGACGAAUGUCAAGUUUAGUCGAUGAGGUAAGUGACGAGAGCGCCGUGUUGCUGGAAGCCGCGUCGUCGUUCAAGUCAACCCAGGGUCGAAAUUUGACGGGGAAUUUGAGCGUCUCGAAAAGGGUCAGGAAGAGCCAGACCGGUGGUGGGAGGCCGCAGUUCGUUGCGGCAUUUUGUCAAACAAAUUGUGGGGAUGUGAGUCCGAACGUGCUCGGCGCGUUUUGCACGGAUACUGGACAGCCUUGUGAUUUCAAUCACAGUACCUGUAACGGCAAGAAUGAGCUCUGCUACGGCAGAGGUCCAGGGUACCCAGAUGAGUUCGAGAGCACGAGGAUCAUUGGGGAGAGACAGUUUAAGAAGGCCACCGAGUUGUUUGGCAAGGCGAGGGAGCAGCUGAAGGGCAAGGUCGAUUACAGACACGAGUUUGUAGAUUUCUCCAACCUGGAGGUGGCGCUAGGGAGCGAAGUGGUGAAGACUUGCCCUGCUGCCAUGGGAUUUGCCUUUGCUGCAGGAACCACCGAUGGGCCUGGUGCUUUUGAUUUCCGGCAAGGCGAUGAUCAGGGGAAUGCGUUCUGGCGCCUAGUGAGGAACUUUCUCAAGGCACCUGGACAAGAGCAGGUCAACUGUCAGAAGCCGAAGCCAAUCUUGCUUGAUACUGGUGAAAUGAAGCAACCCUAUGACUGGGCACCAGCCAUUCUUCCAGUUCAAAUUAUGCGGGUUGGCCAGCUUGUGAUUCUCAAUGUGCCUGGAGAGUUCACAACAAUGGCGGGAAGAAGGCUAAGAGAUGCAGUGAGAGCAGCUCUUACUUCAGGAGGUAGCAAAGAGUUCAACAGCAACGUCCACAUCGUCAUCUCCGGACUCACCAACACUUAUUCCCAGUAUGUGACCACCUUCGAGGAGUACGAGGUCCAGAGAUACGAGGGUGCCUCCACUCUGUACGGUCCACACACUUUGAGCGCCUACAUCCAGGAAUUCAAGAAGCUAGCCACGGCCCUAGUGCGAGGGCAGGCGGUGGAUGCAGGGCCACAGCCACCGGACCUUCUCGACAAGCAAAUCGAACUCCUGCCUCCCGUCGUUCUGGAUUCAGCCCCGUUAGGAAGGAACUUUGGAGACAUGAAAACCGAUGUGCCUGCGAAUUCCACCUUCAGAAGGGGGGAAUUGGUUUCGGUCACUUUCUACUCGGCAUGUCCGAGGAACGAUCUAAUGACGGAAGGCACGUUUGUGCUGGUGGAGUUGCUGGAGAAGAAAAUGUGGGUUUCGGCCUACGACGACGAUGAUUUCUGCCUGCGGUUCAAGUGGUCGAGGCCGGGGAGGCUCAGCCCGGAAAGCUACGCGACUGUGGAAUGGAGGAUUCCGGAGGGUGCGGGUGCGGGAGUGUAUAGGAUUAGUCAUUUUGGUGCGGCCAAAGGGCUUUUGGGUUCGAUCCGUCACUUCAGUGGGAGUUCGAGUGCCUUUGUGGUGUUGUAGGUAGGGAGAAGGAAAAAGGCAAUGUCGUGGAAAGCAAGCAAAAUGGUGGGGAAGAGCAUUUGAUACGGAAUUGGGUGCUUUUAUUCAUUUGGGUCACCGUAUGAAGCAACUCUGGGCAUGUGCAUGUUGUCCGAAAUGAGAAUUCCUAGAGGAGGAAAUUGGGGAAUCAUUUAUGAUCGGUUGUACAAGUAUAACAAAUGUUUGCAUACCGGCUCAUGAUUGUUACUUAAUUUUCUCUCCAAAUAAAUACACAAUACAAAAUGUCAUAUUAACCUAUGUUUCCAUAUAUUAAACUAUAUUAUACUUCAUGUAGUUUUAUAACGCUAGAUCAUUUUGAUAAUUUAUUCGAGUCUAAUUGUACAUUUUUUUUAUCCCCGUUUCUCUUUGACGUUUGUUGCAAUUGAGCUCCAACAGGGGUGGUUUUACGCUUUCUUGUGUUUUAGUGUGUUUCAUAUCCUAAAAGGUGAAACCAACCCCGGAGUCGAAAGUUGGAAGAAAAGGAGCAAAAACCUGGCAAAGAGGAGGAGACAACCUGUGUUCACGGUCUGCCAUUAGAGUUCACGGUCUCCAGGACCGCGAACUGGAACCACAAUCCGUGAACCAAGGAGCGUCCAUAGAGGGUUUUGAGGUUACUGACGCCAAGGCUGUUCACAGUGCAACCACAAACCGUGAGUGAACCCAAGAAGUGAAAGGUGCGUUCUAGUUCAGCAUGUUGUGUUCACGGACGCAUUUUGAUAUUCACGGCUGUGAACUCAGGCCGUGAACUGAGCUCGAUCUCAGUAUAAAGAACCAGCUGAAAGGAAGAAGAAAGGGGGGAGACCUAUUGUGAGAAAAUUAUUCUUCUUCAGAUUUUAGAGUGAGAAAGUGACGAACCAAAAAAGAGGAUAAGCUAGGGUUUCAUCUCCAAGCAAGGAUUUGGGAAUUCCUCCCCCAAAGGAGGAUCUCUUCAACACAAGGAGCAAGGCUUGCAUCUUCAUAAUGCUUUUCCUUUCCCUCUCGUGUUUUCCCUUCUCUUAGCAUUGAGUAGUCCCUUCUUUCACUUGGGUGUUUGUAAACCCUAGCUACAAUUAUGUGAAUGCUUGUAUGAAUUGAAUAAUUUUGUGUGUGGUUGUGUUUAAUGUGAAUGUGGAGGUAUAUUCAUGAAUGAUUGUGUUGUGUUGUGUGAAAGCCUAUUGUUAUAAACGGGGUAAAAUACCUCGGGUACCACUAAAGUAUUAGAAUUAGGGGAGCGAUACCACUUAAGUAAGAUUAGGGCGUCGGGUACCACUAAUAUCAGUGAAUUGUGUAUCCGUUAGAAAUUCCGUCCAUUUCAGUUAACGAUUAAUAAAAUAUUAUUUUUGAU